ACCAAGAGCCUACAAAGUACAAACGUAUCCAGUCCAAUGAGUCUGUUGUCAUGAUAAGUAUAGUAAGUCUUGUUGCUUGCCGUCCGAACCAUAUAGAAGGCAUUAGGCAGUUCAAGAACGAGUUUGAUUCCAGCGGUGGCAGCCAAACUGACUAAUUCAAUUGGAGUCUGGUGGGAUACCAUCACCGGUCUGGUCACGACUCACGAAACUACAUCUACCAAUUCAGUGGCUGGAACUCAACUCUGAAAACCACAACAACCGUCUCUUAUGCAUCACCUCUGUUACUUGGCGCACAAGCUUCCGGUAAAUCUAUCAUCCAGUAAUUCAAAGUAUAAGCAGCUUAGGAAUGCCGAGAGAAAAUUGAUCAGAGGGUAGAGCUGCCAAACAAAUCUGUUUGAAGAGAGGGUAAAUACUUGCAAAACUAUGAUUACAAUACUCUAAUUAUAAAACGUAAUUCUGAUAAAGGGAAACUGUACUUUUCCCUAAUCAUUGAUUCAUUGUGGUAAAUAAAAUUUGAAGAAUUAUAAAAAAUUAUAAAAUUUAGUACGAAAUUUAAAAGUCCUCGUAUGUCGGUCGACAACUCCUUUUCCUAUUUGUUUUCUUUUCACUUUUUAAUAUUUAUUUAUAUAUAAAUACGUAGGUUAUGAUGCCUAGUUUUCCAUCAAACUUCAGAACAGGGGCUUGCACUACCGUCUCUAAGUCACUGCCGUCAGUUCUUUUGUUGCUAUGUCUGUUGCUGUCCCUAUACUCCUGCCGAUGGAUGACUUUCUUGUAAAGAGACAAGAUAUGUGGAAACGUUCACUAAGAUUUAUUCUCAGGAUGACUUCGGGAGUAGUCUACUCAGUAGUGAUGCAUAUUUUGAUCAUCACAGCAUUCACUUUGCUAACUUUUCAGAUUUUCUAUACAAGGGGCGGCUUUGAUGUCGUCCUGUUUUUCAAUGUCAUAGGCCCCUCUGUCUUAUACCUUGUGUUUGGUUUAUUGGAAAUUGCCGUGAGGGCGUCUUUUAAAGACCAGAUGUGUGUCACAUUCUUCGGGCAUAUCAGCCAUAUGGUGGGAUCUAUGUUUCUCCUCACGUAUAGAGUUCCAUCAAAUCAUAUUGAGGCUUUUGCCUUUUGUUUCCUAGGAAUACCAUUCUUUUUUUGGACUUUUUUCGUUAUGUGUUCAACUUUUAUUCCAGAAAUUUUGGGAGAUGAUUCCUUAAUCCAACCAUUGGUUUAGGAUUUAUUAUCUAUUUUUUGGACUUUUUUCUUUAUGUGUUCAACUUUUAUUCCAGAAAUUUUGGGAGAUGAUUCCUUAAUCCAACCAUUGGUUUAGGAUUUAUUAUCUACUAGUAUUAUCUCCCGUGCGUGCGGCAUGUUCAAAAUAAAAUCAAAAUAAGUAUAAAAUAUUGAUUUUUUUUUCAAGACGGCCAAUAUUAUUAGA